UGGCGUUUUGUGCAUCGCGCGCAAACAGCCAUCCGUGCGCGUAGUUGCGUUUGGUUUCCGUUCGAUCUGAGGCAGUCGCCAAAAUAGCUGUCGUCAAAGACGUUCCAGCUCUUCUCAGCGGCCUGCCGAAACAUGCAGAGCCAUCGGCGUUGAACGGCCGAAGACAUCUCGGAGUUUGUGCGAAGCCGACCGGCCGCCGCUGCCACCAACAGCACAAAGGAGGACCACGUUGUUGUCGCUCUGCGAGCAAGAGGUCAUGGCUAAAUGCGAGGGCAACGAGGCUGUCGGCCCGGACGCCGGUGCCGUUGUGGCCGCUGCCCCCAAAAGCAAGAGCGGUGGCAAGCGCCGCAAUGGAAAUGGCCAGUGGAGUCCCCGCAACACUCUGUUGGUGCGGGACUUCCUCGUGCCCUGCCUGGACAACGGAUUCUACGGGGAGGACCUGCGGUGGUUGAACCGUGCCCGGGGCAUCUUCCUCAUUCGCUGGACCCACCAGGGUAGUAAAAGCUUCAACAGGGAAGGCCGCAACGUCUUCCGGGACUGGUCCGUCAUGAAGCGCAAAUGGGAUGACCAGGAUCCCAACCGACUGUCCAAGGCAAAGCAGCGCGUGCGGGCCGCCUUCCGCAAGCUGCCAAAUGUCCGCCGUAUAAACGAGGGCGCCGCCCCUCACCGCAUCUACCGUAUCAAAGAUAUUGAUACCUACCUCAAGCAGGACAGCAAAGACCAAUCAAAAGAGAAAAAGAAGCGCAAGGAGAAGCGCGUGCAGUCGCCUGCCAGUGUGGCUUACGACGCAGAGGAGGGCAUGGAUGACCUCUACGAGGACGAUGAGGAGUCUUACGCCAGCAGCAACGGCACUCUGAACACGAGGUCGGCUCCUCCACCCACCCCUGCCGCGUCGGACAUCUGGUCCACCAUGCGCUCCCUGACAGAGGCGCCCUCCGAGCCCUCCUCGCCGCCCCGGGCGUCCGAAACGGAGGAGUCGGACGGGGCCACCACCUCAAGCAUGGGCUGGAGUUCCGCCGACAUGGAGGCUGUGUGCACCCUGAUGUCCCUGAGGAACGCGGGUCGUUGCCUUCAGCAGACAGCCGCCGCCAGCCCACUUGCCCCCACGGCACAGGGAACCGUACCAGCCUCAGGAACCCGCCAGCAGGACCAAGUGGUUCCCAUGGAGGCUGGCGUUUCCAGCCCGGACACAUCAUCGGCCGAAGACGAAGGCUCUUUAGCUCCGCACAGCGUGCAUGUUUACAAAGGGCAAGUGGCUGCCACCAUGGCUACGGCUCCCCGUUCGACUCAGCGCGGCAGUGGCGACAGCCCACCCAUGUUCUGGGCGGAUGCUGCGCCUUCCCAGAAGGGAGAGCAGCUGGUGUCCACGGCCGCUGGGGACAGCAGCGUGUUGUCGGGCUUCCGUCCCACCCAGACAAUCAAGUCAGAGCCGAGCACGGCGCACGUGGAAGCGGGCCCUGCCGCUUCCGCCAUGGCUAUCUCGACCACGGUGCCAUCCGUCUGGUCCGGCCACCCGUCUUCCUACUCCUGGCUCGACAGGAACGAGCCCAUGCGGCGAGGUAAUGGCUGCUGGACGUCAAGGUGACUGAGGCCGUGUGACCAAACUUUGCAUGC